AUGAGCAACAAUAAAGUCUCUAGUAAUUCUCGUAAGUCUCCUUCAAAGUCCUCCUCCUCUACAUGCUCAUCUCCUUUACCUUUCUCUCCUUCUCCAAUACCUAACCAACUAAUGACUGGAAACUCAAUUUGGGACGAUAUAAAUCUAGCUUCUCUUCAAGAUCAUCCAAACACCAGCUUCUCGAAGAAUAACGACCAUCAUGCUUUUCAUGGUAUGAUGUUUCAAGACUUCUUGGCUAGACCUUCCGAUAAAGAUACACAGACAAGGGUUGCCUCUAAGGAACCCUCCUCUGGUGGGGGCAACACUUUCUUGGAGAACUCUUUAGGGUCACCACAAGCUACUAUGCUGAGUUUGAAUUCUGGGUCUGAUCUUUUUCAAUAUCAGGAAAGCAGUACUAGUAAUGUCCCCGUGAGGCCAAAUCCGCAAAUGCAUAGCCAUGCCGGUGGUGGCACCAUAAGUUUUGAUUCUUAUCUUGAUUCUCCUUUUGAUGCCUUGGCUUCUUCUUUCUUCCCUUUCAGUAGUUGCAAAAAAAGGCCUCUAGAAAAUGGUGGUGGUACCGGCAGCGAUCGGAGGCACAAGCGCAUGAUCAAGAACAGAGAAUCUGCAGCUCGGUCCCGGGCUAGAAAGCAGGAAUCUCCCUCUCCUUUUUAA